UUUGCUCGAUUUCUCUAAUCUCAACACAACGAACAAAAGGAGUAAAUGUUGCUGAAUUUUAGCCAGUGCUUUGGAAAUGCCAGUCAAAUGCCAGUGCUGGUCAAGAGGACAAAAAGAAGUUGGCCGCAAUUGUUGACUGACCAAUGAUCAAUUUAAUAGGAAAACAAUAUUGAUGGCCGGGCCGAGUGGCACUUGGCUGGAAUUUCCUGUCCCAAGGAGUGGCUGCUCGAAAGGCGGAAGUGUUGCGGUUUUUGGCAACUUGCUACCUCUGGUGGGCACAGGUGUGGCAGUGGGCGUGGCCACUUGCGGAAUUGCCGCCCAGAUUUUCAGAGCGCCCAGCAGCAGCAACAAAAUGCGAUCACGUUUUGGAAAUCUAGGAAAUCUGCGAUUUUACAGCGGCGGUUUUCAGCAUCACAAAUACUGGGCAGUAGACUUAAUGCCCCAAGGAUCCAAAAGCGAGUCAUGCUGGCUAAUCAGCAGGAUCGAGCAGCAGGAUGUUGCAGCAAAGAAACCCGUUUAGAUAGAAGAUAGAAGAUAAAAGUCUAAGCGCCAGUCGACUCAAAUUUAAGUGCAAUCAAAUUAAAUGUAAAAUAUUCCCCUUACCCUUGAUGAGAUGGCAAGAUAUUAAAUUAUUUAGCAAGCA